CUGGUCCGCUUCGUCCAACCACGCAGGCUCGGAAGAGGAAGUACAGGCGACGUUGAUGUGGUCUCACUAGGACACCGUUGGGAAAACGAGGAGCCAUCUGGAGAAGCAGUCAUGAAGCUUCGACUCCACUUCGUGGUGGACCCGAUGGGCUGGCUCUGCAUCAGCGUCGUCUUUGGGAUCUGGCUCUACAACACCUUGUUCGUUCCCAAACUGGUUCUGCUCCCACACUACAAUGAAGGGCACAUCUCCUGGGCCUUGGUGGUCUGGUAUUACAUAGCUUCAGCCUUCUGCAUCGUGGCCCUGAUCAGAGCUUCCACAGCAGAUCCUGGUCGUCUUCCUGUGGACCCCCACAUACCUCACUCUGAGAAAGAACACUGGGAGUUGUGCAAUAAGUGCAACUUAAUGAGGCCUAAAAGGUCCCACCACUGCAGUCGAUGUGGCCACUGUGUCCGGAGGAUGGACCACCACUGUCCGUGGAUUAAUAACUGUGUGGGAGAAGACAACCACUGGCUCUUCCUGCAGCUGUGUCUCUACGCUCAGAUCCUCAGUUUAUUCACUCUGGCGCUGGACUUCUGUCAGUACUAUUAUUUCCAGCCGCUGACCAGACUAGAUCAGGAAAAGUUCACGACUCGUCACGAGCUGGCUCUGCUGCGGGUCUCGGCGCUCAUGGGUCUAGUCAUGUUCGCUGGAAUGACCGGCUUGUUUCACACGCAGCUGACGGGCAUCCUCACAGAUCAGACCACCAUUGAGAAAAUGUCGGAGUUUUCUAAUGAAACAUACGGAGCGAAAAGGUCGUGGCAGUGGGCUCUGGCCGAAGUGUGCGGCACUCGCUGGAAACUUCUGUGGUUCAUCCCGUUUCGGAGCAGACAGCCUCUCCAGGCCGGCCCGCACCUCCGCAGCCACGUGUAGCCUCGUAAGGCGAAACAUUGUGCACAGACGGGAGACGCUGCUAUAAUUAAACACACACAGACACACGUAGGAAUCCAUUCACCGUCCUCCUCCGGUGCCGAGAGCUCGGCUGUAGCUUCGGUUUGUCUGCGGAUGCUCAAGUUUUAGUUUGAUCGUAACCUGGACAAAAGCAGACGAAAACUUAGUCACUGUGACGGCUGCGCUGAUAGAACCCACUUAAUGACCUCGUUAGGAUGGAAGUCCACCUGGAAGCGGUGAUCAUACCCCCCUCAGGUUCCUUCUUAUUACUGCUAUUAAUC